AUGUUAUCAGGACCAUGGAACUCAUUACCAGUGUCAAUGACCUUCAACGCCGUCACUCUUGCUUUGGGUACUGCAAAUAUCAUCUACACAACUUGGGGAUACAGCCGUAGUCGGACGCGAGGUGCUCUCUGCGCAGCGGUUUCGCAAUAUGUUAUGCUUCUCUCGUAUAUUGCUUCGACAAUGAACGAUCUUCACCACUUUCGAACGUACAACCAUGCCUUUCGGAUCGGUACUGUUGUUUCCGAACUUACCCUCAAUACCGGAUCCUUUCUUUUGCUACAAGUUAUACUGUGGUUGUUGCCCGCUGUUCAGACUAUGAUGAGAUACAAUGUACGAUGGAACACUGCUGCGAUAAUAGUAACCUACAGUCUAUAUGCAGUGUCCACCUUAGGAAUCAUUAUCGUCGCUGCGGCAGGAGACAAAUUUGGUUCAGUUGGUGAAGAUGCGGGAGGUAUCCUCUUCGCUGUCUGGGCUGCUUAUGCACCGUUGAUGGGUGUCGCCAUACCUAUUCUAGCCAUUCGGCUGCUCGUCGCUUUGAAAAAGGAACUGGCUCAGAGUGGAGUAAUGACACGAAUGGAUGCGAGCACCGAAAAGCAAACCAAUAUAGUCGAAUAUACCAAAAAACUCGACACUAUUUUUCGAUGUCUGUUUGGGGCAACUUGCUUUUGGAUUCCUCUUACCGUUGGUGCUGCGAUUGCAACGACAACCCCCUUUUCGAUUGUCAUUGAUGCUGUGCUAACCUGCUCUGGAUUCUCUGCUGCAUUCGUAUCGUACAGCACGUUACCAGAAAUUCUCCAUCUGCCAGUGACGCGCAAACCGCAUUCCCCGCCCCAAUGCAGAGCAAGCCCGCAGAUUCUGCGAGGCCUUCAAGAACAGAUAAAACGACUCUUCUGCCGUGGGUAUAAUGAUUGGGAGAUAAAUAAGGGUCGAUGGAAGGAAAUGCGAGCCUAA